AUUGAUUUAUCCUUGCAGUCAGUUGCUACGUCGAUAAGUAGACAAAAAUAAACAUUGUAUUCUCGCUAAAGAAAGAAUGGGUUCAUCUAUUCAAAAAAGUUUCUUCUAAAACAAUAAUAUUGUCAUCUGUCCAAUUUUAUCAUUGUUGUAAAUAAUUAUAAAUUUUAUUUCUGGUCACUUAAAAAAAUAAACUUGAUACAUAUGUCUGGUUAAACAACACCGCUGAUAACAUCUGUACAAUUUACAUUUUAAUAAUGUCCAAAGCACAAAGUCCUACAGUCUACUGGAAUCAAACAAAUGGUGACAUUUAUUUAAGAAUAGACAUCAAUGAUCCUCAGGGAUCAGAGAUUCAUUUCGAAGAUGACUGCAUGCAUUUUUCAGCUUUCAAACCUGGCGAUGACACUCCUGUCAAUUAUAACUUUACUCUUAAUUUUUACAAACCAACUGACCGUACAGAAAAUGUGUAUGAUCUGAUAGACCAUCAGCUACAGUUAAUUUUAAAAAAGCAGUCUGAUGAAAAAUGGCCACGCUUGACCUGCGAAGACUCGGAUCCUUCCUGGGUGAUUCCGGAUUCAGACAAACUGACCAAGAAAAACUUGUGUAGCAAGGAUAAAAAAGUACCUAAGCCAGUGUUCAAAAAACUGAGCGAGCAGUACGCGGGGUUGAAUGAUAAAAUCCACAGGGAAGAGUUUGAAAAACGAGAUAUCCAUGAAGACUAUCCUGACAUGUAUGAUAAACUCCACAAGGAAGAGCUGGGAUACCGAAAGGAGGAUUAUAAAAAAGUAUAUCUAGCGUUCUACAAUUUAUUUCAAUUCAUUGGAUUCCUCUAUAUUCUGAUCAUCAUGGGAAUAAAAUACUCGAGAGAUGGUCCAGAAUCAAUGGAACAAACGUACAAGAGCGUCGGAAGAUUACUGAAAUUCGCGCAGCUGAUGCAAUUCCUGGAAGUAAUGCAUCCAAUAUUCGGAUACACCAAAGGAAGCGCCUUGAUAGCGUUCAUCCAAGUCGGUGGGCGUGCGUUUAUCCUGUUUGUUAUGAUUGAAUCGGAAGAACGGAUGCAAACAAAGCCCGUUGUGUUUUAUCUGUUUUUCGUCUGGAGUCUUGUCGAAGUUUUCCGAUAUCCUUAUUACAUAGCGCAAUUGUUCAGAGUGAAUAUCCCUCUGCUAACUUGGCUGAGGUACACGGUGUGGAUCCCGCUCUACCCCAUCGGAUUUCUCUGCGAGGGCAUUGUUAUGCUCCGCAAUAUUCCCUACUUUGAAGAAACAAAGAAGUACAGCAUCGAAUUACCCAACUCCUGGAAUUUUUCAUUCUACCUGCCGACCUUCAUGAGGAUUUACUUACUGAUGUUCUUCAUUCCCGCUCUCUACAUGAUGAUGUCUCACAUGAACAGAGCGAGGUAUCAGAAACUAGGCAAGACCAAGGAGCGAAAAGUUGUCGCGCAAAAGUACAACUCUGUGUUCUACGCACUCAAUUUCUGUUUAGUUGUCGGUUUUACUUUGUUUUAUUAUUUCAAAAUGAGUAUUAAUUGAUUUUUUAAUUUACAUCCAAAGAAUUCUUGUUAAAUACAUAAGUAUUGAAUUUUAAUUAUGAUGGUUAAUAAAAUUUGCUAUUUCU